AGCCAGUCGCACACCGACUAUGACGCCGCGCGCGCACCUUUGACACCCGAGCGCGCCAAUUUCAAUUUCCUAACGAAGUGAUGCGUGUGAUUUGAAUAAAAUAUAUUAAUUUCUUUUUAAAUUUUUAAAAUUGGAAACAUGGCUCGUUUUGUGUUUGUAAUUUUGUGUGUGGUUGUUUUUGGAUAUUGCGCGGAAUUACCCUCUAGUGCGGGGAAAGACAGUGCGCGCGAGGAGAAAUUAAGAAGCGCUUUGAUUGAUGCUUUUCAAAAUAUCAAAAAAGCAUCAGCUAAAGGUGGAAUAGACGAUGAGAGUCCACUAACAGCUGAUUUAAUUGGGUCAUUAAUACUACCGAAUAGAAGUCGAAAUGAAAGAACUACGGAAGACGCUUUUAGUGUCUUGUCCGACGAUGAAGGCCUAUCCUUCGCCGAAGUUAUCGACAAUGAGCCGGACAAGAAAGAUUCCAGUACGGAAGCUUCGCACAACGUGCAACACAUUGUAAAAACGACGAAAUCACCCGAAAGAACAACGAGGCCGAACAAAGAUAUAUUUAAUAAGCUAAGCGACUCGAUCAGAGACACUUUGAACGAAUCGAAAUUAGUUUUAAGAAAGGAGAAUUCUAACUCGAGUAAUUUGUUAGGGAUCGAGAACAUGUUGCGUGUAUUCGAUGCCGAGAUUCUGGUGCAUCAAUGGAACGAUCUACAGAAAGUGAUAGACGGGGAUUGCAGGGCGGACAUGCAGAAGUACGUCGAGGGACUGCAGGAGAGGAAUCUUUGGGCGUUGAAGAUGGAGGACGCGAGCGGUCGAUACACAUCAAUGUUCUACUGGGGGAACAACUACUGGACGGGGUCGGCGGAGCUCUGCCGGAUCCUGAACGAGCAACACGCACCGCCCAGUCACAACAAGAGCAGCGGCUCGCAGAUCUUCAGCGAGUGGCGGCAGGACGUGUCGAUGUCGGGCUCCAGUCCGCCCUUCCUCACGGCCUUCUACACAGUCCGGCUCAGCGUGCAGACCGACGUCAAGGAAAUCGUUAAAACUCGUCGCACCUUGCACCUGGGAGUAUGCCUGCCAUCGAGCUGCGACAGCCACGCGGUGAUGUCCCUCGUGAACGCGGCGCGGUCACCCAUCCUCAGGCAGUCCGUCGUCACCGUGCGCUCCCCGCUGCAAGGAACCUAUACGUACAUGGGAGACCCGACCUUCAGGGUGUUACUCGGUGUAUGCAUUGCUGUCAGCAUCCUGCUCGUUACAGCGACCGCAUACGACAUGAAGCUAGCGCGGGACGUGCGCCGGCGCAGACGCAGGGCGGCCAAUCUGACCGGCGACAACGCCAGGAACGACCUCAAGUUAGACCUCAAUGACGAUAUCACUGUGUCCAAUGGCAAAUCGAUUUACAACGUUAACAACAACAUAGCUGUGGCCAGCAACACAUCGGAGGAGAGAUUAACUGCCGAGACUGCCUCCACCACGGAAGAGCUCAAACUGAGCAUCUGGUCGGACCUGCUGCUGUCCUUCUCCAUGAAGGCGAACAUUCUCCAGAUCUUCGACCAGUCGGUUGGCGCGGACACGGUCCCCGUAGUUCACGGUCUGCGAUCAUUGUCAAUGGUCUGGGUUAUCUUCGGACACACCUGCAUUGUGGUUUUCAAGUACGCUGACAACACCGCUCUGCGAGCUAUCCUGGAGAAGAGCUUCCUCUUCCAGCUCAUUUUAAGCGCCGUCUACAGUGUUGACACCUUCUUCUGCCUUGGCGGUAUGUUGGUGACGUUCCUGUACUUCCGAACGAACGCGAAGGGCAAGCUGGACCUCAUCACAAAAGGCCGCAGGAAACUUACCGCCGGCAUUCUGCAGUUUGUCGGACUCAUCGCCUAUCGCUUUGCCAGACUGACAGCGCCGUACUUGUUCAUGCUGGGCGUGGUGGAGGUGACGAUGAAGUGGUUCUCUCAGAACGCGGUGUUCGAGCCGCCCGCCGCCGACCACGAGACCUGCCCGCAGUACUGGUGGCGCAACCUGCUGUACAUCAACACACUUUUCCCCGUCGAUCAGAUGUGCAUGCUAUGGAGUUGGUACCUGUCAGACGAUACACAGUUUUACGCUGUUAGCGCUAUUCUUCUGAUUUUGGCUACCAGCCACUUCAAACUCUCAGUGUCCCUGACCGGCGUAUUCUUCCUCUCAUCUCUCUUCACCACCGGCUACGUGUCCUGGAGCAACGACCACAUUCCAAACAGCGAGGACCCAUUCACUCAGUUUGACAAGAUUUACGACAAACCCUGGACCAGAUUGGGGCCGUACUUGGUUGGCAUGGUCACUGGAUGGAUCUUAUUCAAGACCAAUUUAAAUAUCAGAAUGAAGAAGGUGUGGGCAUGGGUUGGCUGGAGCGUGUGCACAGCAACAUUACUCUUCCUGAUCUUCGGCCUGUACCAGACUGAGCUAUCUCCAGCGGCUGCAGCCGUGUACAGCGCGCUGUCACACUCGCUGUGGGCCGCGUGCAUCGGCUGGAUUAUCAUAGCUUGCUCCACUGGCUACGGAGGUUGGAUCCGACCGCUGCUCUCAGCCCCUAUCCUAUACCCGUUCUCGCGGGUGACAUACUGCGCGUACCUGGUACAUCCGGUGGUGUUGCGAUACGUCGCUAUGCACCUCACACACCCCAUUCAUUUGGGCGAACUUCUUGUGUUCGUCCUGUUCCUGGGACUAACAGUGAUAUCUUACGUCCUCGCUUUCAUCAUUUCCGUGGCGUUCGAAGCCCCCAUGGUCACGAUGCUGAAGAUCAUCGCGCCACAACGGAAACCACAUAGAGUGUGAUAGUGGAGUGCUACAGGGUUGCGUGCUCGGACCAAUGUACAAAGAUUUAUUUUAAGUCGGUGUUUCUGCCGUCGUUUUUAGAUAUGGAUUCAAUGUGACAGAGAUAAAUGGAAACUUUGAAAUAUUCGUUUCUUUUUUUUAUAUACAACUGUGGUAUAAUACCGAUAUAAUUUAACGGGGAUUAAGUAUACUGAGUUCAUUUUUGUGAUAUUGUGUUGUAUAUGAGAACAAUUACGUUUCCAUUUAUCUGUUUAUGUGAGUGUAAUAUAGCACAACGAUUACCUGACAAGCCAAAGGAUCUCGAGUGAAGAAGAAGGCGAAACUUGAUUUACAAUUGGGAAGUUUGGGAAAUUUUGCUUGUGUAUGUAACUCUAUUGUAUUAAGUAAAGAACCAAUACUGGUCCAAUAAUUGCGUAAUUGAAAAUUCACAUUAAAUUAAGGGUAGAAUCAAUUUGAGCAAAAUAAAGAAGUGUAGAUUUCAUUAGACGUGUUUAUAGAUACUCUUGUUGACGUUAUCGACAGUGGGUUUGAGCCUAAACAUUUUAGGAAUAAAUGUCUUUACCGACACUAAAAAUGUAUUUGCUAGAAUUUGGGAGUAUUAAACUAAUUUAUGAAUUCAUAUGACUUAUAUUUUUUAGUUUAAUUAUAAGACAUGAUGGGUCAGUUAAAUGGAUCCCAGUUUUAAAUUAUAAUCAUAUUUACCUAUAUAGAAUAGAUGUGUGUGAGUGUGUGUGUGUGUGAUUAUUUUUUGCGUAUAUAUUGGAAUAAUUGAGUAAGCGAAAGUUUAAAAUCACUUUAUAGAUUUAUUGAUUUUUAAUAGACCAUGACCAAAAUGGAAUAGAAUACUUGUGAUUGCAUUUUAUUGAUAUAAUAAAACGUUUCAAAUAAUUUUUAUCUCUUCUUAUACGUACCAUUUCAAUAAUUAUUUUAGUUUUACAGAAUGAAGACAAAAAAUUGAGUAUCAUCUCAAUUUCAUAUCAAUUUGUGUGUAAUAUUUAUGUACGUGUUGUGUGAUUGUCUACAUUGUGCGUAAAGAAUUGCUCAAUAUAUUUUAAUUAACUUGUCUGUAAAAAAUCAAUCCACGAACUAUGAGGUAAAAAACUUAGGUGUCUUAAAAUUUUCAAGACGGUGCAUAAUUUGUAACGUUUCUUAAAAAAUAUCCACUCAAAUAGAUCAAAUGUCAUACUUUCAAUGUGUGUUUGUUUGUUUAUAUGUUUGUAUAUAUCAAUAACUUUGUAUGUAAGUACCUAAACUGUGUAAAUAGGUUGUAAAUAUUAUUCUAGACAUAAGUUUUGUACGAAUAC